AGUGCCUUAGCCGUGAUGUCCAAGUCAUGUGCAAAGAAGGGACCACAUUCUGAGUUCUGCAAAGUCUUUGGCAGACUUCCCUUAAACUCCAGGUUUCAGCUCUGCUCUGGAAUCCGCCGGGCUCCGCCGCCGAUGUCCAACAUGCACCGAGCUGAUGCUGCUGUGGAUGAUGCUGUGUUAAGGAAGAAAGAGCAGAAAGAUGUUGAACUUGAUAAGAAAAUCUUGGCUUUGCGGAAAAAAAACGAGGCGCUGAUACGAAGGUACCAGGAAAUAGAAGAGGACAAAAAGCGAGCAGAACAGGAGGGAAUGGCUGUUACCUCCAGGAGGCCCAAGCAGGAUGGACUCACUAUUACCAUCACCAAAGCUCACAACGACCUGAAAGAUGCAAUUACCCAGACUGAACACUAUGGACAAGAUAGCCCAGCCCUCUCGAUGGACAAAAGGGUGGUGAGUGAGAAAUGGGGAAGCCCCUGUCCUACAAGCCCUGGGUUUGGUAUUGGCAGUGAGGAAGAGGAGGAGGAGGAGGAAGCAGAUCAUAUGUUCACAUUCAGGAUGGGGAAGAGGAUGCAGCUGGCUGUUACCAUGGACAACAAAGCAAAGGGCAAGAGAAUCGUCAGUGAGAAACGCGCCGAGAGCUUCCCUGGCCCGGGCCGAGUGCCGGACCUGAGCGAGGAGGAGAUGGACCAUUUGGUGGCUUUCCGACGGGGAAGGAGGAUGCAGAUUGCCAUCACCAUGGACAACAAGGAAAAGGGAGAAGAGCGGAGAACAGCAGAGAAGAGGAGAUCAGAAAGUGACAGAGGCCCAGAAAGUGAGCACAGCCGGAAGGAUGGUGGGAAGCCAGUCCAGAAGAGCCCUGGAGAUGUGAGAUUCCCCAUGACUGGCUGGGAGCGCUCGGAGUACAUCCGCUGGAAGAGGGAGCGAGACCAGAUUGACCUGGAGCGCCUGGCACGUCACAGGAAUGCCAAGGGCGAGUGGCGACGGGCUUGGGAUGUGGAGAAGUCGGAGCACAUGUUUGAAGAGGACUUUGUUAAGGAUGGGGAGCCAGCCUUGGAUAAUCCCAGCAGUAAGAAAGGGGGAAGGAAUGCAAGAAAAUUCCAGCACAGGUCCUUUCCUGUGGAUGGGAGAGGUGGAGGACAUCAUGGAGUGAAUGUGAGCGACCCUGGUCCAAAAGCAGUGCCUGCUGUGAGCAGCCGAGCCAAGGGGAAGGACAGACUGACAGGCAGAGCCAGAAGAUGGGAUGCAAAAGAAGGCGAGGACAUCUCUCUUGUGAGGGAUGACUUUGAUGGCCAGAGGAGCCUUGGUAUGGACAGGCGGAAGAGCAGAGGUGACGAGGGGGUGGAAGAGAACUGCACAGCUGAGCUGGAGGAGAAGGGGAAACAGCCAAGCCUCCAGGAUCACGGGGCCUCCUCCUCACAGCAGCUGCGAAGUGGGAAGGUCCAGCCUGCCCAGAAUGGCCAGAAGGAGGAGCAGAGGGGAGUGAGGGGCUGCAGCACAGAGGUAUCUGUGGCCAGUGCUGGGGACUCAGAGCCGGGGCCCAAGCCAAGCAAGGAAAGUGUUGGGGAAGAUGCCAGUGGGAAGCCUGGCACUGCUGACAACUCCCAGGAGGAGAGCACUGACAGCACUGCCUCACAGAGCAGCCUUCAGAACACUCUGCAAGGCACCAGGCCUGGCAGCGAGGAGACCUUGUCACUGCCCGUGGGAGUGAAUGUGGAUGGAGCUGGCUUGGAGAAGCAGCCAGCUUCAGAACAGGAGUGCUCUGAGAACUCUUCCAACAGCCACGGAGGAAAGCUCGACACAGCAGCAGGAGACAGACUGGAUGCAGACCAAGGACAGCUGGUGAGCAAAGGAGGGGAAGAAGUGACCCAAAGCUCUGCUCUUGAGGCACUUGAACUGCAAGGAAGUGAAGAUGCUGAAGGCACUGAACACCACGAGCCUUCGUCCCCAGGGAAAGCCAGCUCUGACAAGGCUGUUGAGCCUGAGCAGGACACAGCAAAAUGCCAGCCUGGGGAAGGGGACCAGCCUGAGGACUGCAAGGACAAGCACAGUGGGGACACUCACAACUAGCAGAUUGCCCCGGCUUGCCUGAGACAUAAGGAUAACAUGCUGGAGGCAGUGGAGGAGAAGAGGAGCACAAGCUUGUCCUCACUCUUUUACCUUCUAUGAAAUCAGCCUUCGGCACCUGUGCAGAGCCCUUCAGCACCAUUCACAACACGUGGGGUCCCCAUCACCACCCACUCACAGUUCUGGCAUCCCCCUUCCCUACCUGUGUGUCAAAGGACAGGGAAGGGUGCACACACUCCCACCCUACAGAGAAAACACCAUCACUUAUCUAUUUGUUUGGCAUAUAUUGCAGCUGCGUGGCAAGCCAAGGAAAUGUCUACUGGAUGCACUUUAUUUUAUUUAAUGACUAAUUCUUUUUAAACUUAUGGCUUGGGUUUCUGGGCACACACGCUGUUUUUCCCCCAAAGGCUGGAGGCACGUGCCAGGGGCUGUGCCAGCAACUGAAACAGCAGGAAGAGGUGACUGGCAAAGCAGAGGGGUGAGGUGUUAGGGUGUAGUUCAGUAGCUGGGUGAAGAAGUUGUGUUCAGAGCUCUUGUACUAGAGGUUUGCACGUGGUUGAAGUGUUGGCAGAGGUGUAUGGUAGUCGCAGGGUCUGAGGGGCAUGAGCAGGAUGGGUGGGUGGAUGGAUGGAGUGCUUCUGACAAGCACAGAUCAAGCCAGCACCUCCUCCUUGAAGAGCCUCCAGCUGUCCUCCCCUUUUAGAGGCUGAGGAGCACAUCAGGACAGUGCUUUGUGCCAAGGAAGGUGGCUGCUUGGAUGACCAGGUUUGUGCAUAACCCAGCAAACCCCAUGCCCCCUUCCCAAACAUCCCUGCAGCACGGCAAGGAGGGGGACAGCACAAUCAUCUUCCUCCCCCACCACACUGCCCAAAGCAGUUGGCAGCAGGACCCAGGCCAAACUGGAGCUGGAGGUCCAAGACUUUGUAUUCAACAUUUUCACCUUCCUGGUUGUGCCUUUCAUAGCCUUGUGUUUCAUUAAGAGAGCAGGAAUCCUCUCUAAGCUGCCCUGCAGACCUUCUGACCUGGCCUUAAAGAUACCUUUCAAAUGGAAGAUCUGGAGGAGCUUUACAAGCACAAACAUGCAGGAAUUCUAGCUGCUUGGCUUUCCAGUUACAGGAAGCUAGGACCCAGCUGGAGUACAGCUGCCAGUUAAGGAGAAGGCACAAGGAAUAACACAACAUAAUUUCUGACUUCUGAAUGACAGGGCAGAGUGGGCAUCACCCUCACUUCAAGGCUGCUCUAAAAUUUGAUGCCAGAGUAAGCGUCCCUGGGACAGGUAUAUGUGGAGACUGCCUGGAAUGUCCUGCAGGAUGUUGGCUGACCAGGCUGGCAGACUGCCCUGGAGAUCAGGUUGGCACGUGUGGACUGAAAUACUCUAUGCUGCUUUAAUAAACUAAUAUUUGCACAGACAAA